GACAUUCUCCUGCAAUUAACAGUACCUUACGCGGCUGAAAAUGUCGUGAUUAAUGGUCAAGAUUUUGAACCGGAUGAUCUCAAUGUGAUUGUUUAUAAUCCCAAUAAUUCUUCACUUUAUUGCGAAAAUAGCGCUUUACAAGACGAUUUGAUUUACAGACGCUGUGCAAUUAGGAUAAAAGGCUAUUCUCAUAAAGACACAGCUAAAUAUGAAACCAGUAUUUGGAAACAGGUUUACAGAAUGACAAUUUCUGAACAAAUGCAAAGCAAUGCAUUUAGAAAUUUGACCAUGUUAGAAAGAGGCAUUUCACUACAGUUGAAGACCAUGACAACUACAGGCGAAGGAAGUAAAAUAUUCAGCAAUAUAAAGCUACAAGAAAUUCUAGUACACAGCAAUCGAACAUCGUUAAUACAGUCAAUGUCUACAAUAUCAAUACCAAUCCAAGAUUGUGCAACAAAGUCAACUACUUACACAUUUCCAAAAACAACAAUAAUGACAUCACAACUUAAUGAUUCAAUGACAAUGACAAAUAUGGUAUCAGCAACAAAAAUAACAACGGUAACCAUGACGUCAACACCAACAAAAACGGCAACUCAAACAUCAGCAACAAAUUUGCUUACAACGCCAACUAUGACAUCAUCAAAAAAUGAAUCAGUGAAAACAACAACACAAUCACCAAUGAAUGCAACCAUAACAGACUGUCUUGGAAUCAACAGAAACAACAGUGAAGUCUUAAAUUCAAAAGAAAAUUGUGACCUACUGGUUACCUCAACAUCUGAGCAGUUUACAGUCCCAGGAUAUGUAUUUAUAGUUGUUGUCUCAGUUUUGGUGGCAGCUAUCAUUAUUGUUCUUUUGAUUUGGCGAUGGCGUUUAAGACCCAGCAAGUACAAGAAGUCAGAAACCAGAAAUGGCAAUCCGGAUGUAUCCUGCAAUAAAAAUCACACUGCGGCAGAAAGCUCUGAGGGAAAACACAUAGGUGGUGUAUAUGAAAACAGUGAACAAACUACCUACGAAAAUGAAUAUGCUUAUAAAAAUAUUACCGAAUUAGAGGAAAGUAUACCAAAAAACAAAUCACACAUGAAUGAGAAUUUUUACCAAAAACUGGGUGAAGACGAAACUCGUUUUUACGAACAGUUGGGAGAAAAUAAACCUGUACAAACACCUUGAAGAAAACGAAACACAUUUAUGUGAGCAAUUGGCUAAAAACAAACAGAGUGGUUAGAAAAUAUGUCCAUUUCAAUAUUUUUUAUGUGUUAAUUUGAAUCCAUAAGUAUAUUUGCUUAAGAACCAAUGAUUCUUGAAAAAUCAUAACGUUUUACAGGAAUUUAUUA